AUGAGGAAGGACCUGCUGAUGAAUAUUACAUCAUAUACCGAAACGUUUUUGAUAAGAAUGAAGGUUAUUGAAAAUAAUUCCUCAAGCAUUCAAUUGCAAAUAGACAAAAUAAAACAACUCAGGGCAGCGUAUGAUGUGAAAGAACUAAAACAUUUUCCUUUCUCCAAAGACCCUUCAAAACCUAUUCCAGGCAUGAUUCUCGAAGAAUCCUUCAAUUUAGAUGCUCUCAAUAAAUACCUGAAACAUCUGGAAGAUAAAUAUGCAGAAAUUAAACAACUAAUGUCAGAAAAAUAUGUCCCACUUCAGAGGAAGACAGAUUUAGAGGAGGAAAUGAUUGUGAUAGUAAAACGGCACGAGGUAGCUGACAGUCUGAACAAAGAAUUAGAGUUUAGUCAUAGAAGACUGCAGAUUAUUUCAUACGCACUUACUUCAUGGUCAAAAUCUGAUGAGAGCAGCUCAUUUGAAGACUUCGUGAAGCAAAUUGAGGAAAUCCACAGUUUACACGGUUGCCAAAGCUUUAUCGAAGAGCUAAUGGAAGAUGAUCCAGGCAAGGCAAAAGAAGCUGAAAUUUUGCUUUCCUACAUUGAAAGGUUCAAUCAAUUAAUCUCACUUGGUGAAUAUGAGAAGGCCGCUUGUUUUGCAGCAAAAAGUCCGAGAGGAAUUCUUCUAAACAUGGGGACAGUGAAUAAACUUAAGGCUGCUGGAAAAAUUAAAGGAAAGCCUUUUCCAUUACUAUCAUUUUUUGAGGCUAUCUUUACCACAAGUCAUGCUAAUAGACGUCCUAUUGAUGCAGAACUAACCCUGGAAGGAAUCAAAUGUGGACUUUCGGAAAAACGUUUAGAUUUAGUUAUCCACUGGAUCACUCAAGAAAAGCUCACAUUUUCUGAGGAGGCUGGGGAUAUGAUUUGUGAUUAUGGAGAUCAGGAUACUUAUAACAAGGCCAAGUGCCUGGCUUUAGCUCUGAUCAUCUACAGUGAAUGUAAGCUGUUCAACAAAAUUAUUCUCUGCCUGUGUAAACAGGAUCAGCUGCUUGAGGCUAUGGAAUACAUACAACAACUCAAGGACUAUACUUAUGAUGACCUGAUGCAGCUAAUAAAGUUAUGUCCCCACUAUGGAUUAAUUCAGUGUCUCACUAAAGAAUGGAAAGGAAAACCACCACUUUUAUCUUUUGGUCUCACUAUACUUUAUCUGUUCUCUGUUGAUAUGAAAAAAGUUGGCAUUAAACUACUUCAUGAACUAAAUAGAAGUGGGAAAGAUGCAAUAGAAAAUCUUAUCGGAAAUGAUCCAUUUUGCUCUCUAGAAAAUUGGCAAGAAAUGGCAAGUAUAUGCUCACAGAAUGGCUUUGACAGAUUAUGUGAUGAAAUCAUUUCCACUCUUCGAUCUCAGGCUGGAGUCACAGAAAUUUCUGAAGAGGAUGAUGCAGUCAAUGUAAUGGAACAUGUUUUUUGGUAG